AUGGCUACACUGCAGCUCCGUCAGACUAAAGAAGUGAAGACCCCGGGUUUCGAGAUGAAGAGCAUUCUGAAAUUGGAUAAAAAGAUGAGGGAGCCAAGCACCAAUCAGAGCAGCUCCGUAGGUGCUGUGAAAUGGACCUUGCCUGAGGAGGUUUUGGAACGGCAUAGCUCAGCCCCUGCUAGAACCACGAACACUCACGGUCACUCCAAAGACUCGCAGCAACAUCUUCGAUCGUCGUCGAAAGAUCUGCGCAGUCUGCAGGACUGUGUCCAGUUCAUCCAACACUGGAAAGAACAAGUGGAUCGAGUCUGCAAGAAGGGUGGUGGUGAUCCUGAGGCGGGCACCAGCAAGAAAGAGGAUCAGAGCGCAGACCGCCGCACCGAGCGCAGUCUGGAGGAAAGCAGGAAGCUGAUCCUGCAGUGGGCCAAUGAGCUCCACCACGUCGACAAGUUCCUGAGGGAGUCUGUCAUAGCAUCACAGAGCUGUGAACAAGAAAAUGAAAAGGCAAAAGAUGCAGAAGAAACACAACUCAUGAUCAUGGAGUGGGCCAAGGAGCUAAAGGAGGCCUCAGAGAACUGUGGUGUGCAAACCGAGGAGCUGGGUCAAGUGUUGCGAAUGUUGGGUCUGAAGAAGAAACGGCUUGUAAAUGUGUUGCCUCUGCUAGAACUGAUCACCUGGUCUCUGCUCGCGGAGCACAGCACGAAGAGGAUUUCACAGUUAUGGUUAUUGACAAAGCAGCGCACAUGGAAAGCAGGCACCCCGAGUUACAUUCCAAAUGCAGUAUGGAGCUGGAUUUGCAGCGCAGCAGCUGAUGUUACUCUCGACCCCAAAACAAACCACCCAUGGCUUCUGCUGUCAGACGACCUGCGUAGGGUCCAAGAGGACAUCAAAGAAUCAGAUCUGCCUUAUAACUCUCAGCGCUUCAACGGAUGGCCCUGUGUGCUCGGCUGGGAAGGAUACGACACCGGCCGCCACUACUGGGAGGUUGAGAUAGCUAACAACGGCUACUGGCGCAUUGGGUUGACUACUGCCGAUUCUGAACGUCGUGGCCGUUUUUCCAUGACCCCUCAGCGGGGCUACUGGGUUCUAUGGCGCAGCACGCGCUAUUUCUAUGCCUGCAGCAAACCAGAAACUGUACUGUCCGUAGACCUCGUGCCACGUCGUAUGGGAAUCUACUUGGAUUACGAAGAGGGACAGAUUUCUUUCUACAAUGCCGAAACAAAGUUCCACAUCUACACAUUCACAGGAACCUUCAGAGGGAAGCUGUACCCAGUAUUCGCCCCACUGGACGGGCGCACACUCAUGACCAUCAUCCCACCACACACAGUCUCUGGAAACUGAUAAAGCUUGGACUAUGAUCCUCUGAUCAGACAUUUUUACUUUAAGGAUUAAAAAUUUAUAAAGUCAAAAACCAAGAAGUUGAGGAAAUGUCGUCACACAUCCACAAAGGCAAAGCAGACGUCCCACUGAACUGCGAAUACCAAAACUGUUAAUAAAAUUUUACCGGAAUCAGUCUUUCUUCUUCUUCUCAAUGCAAAAAUUAAUAUGUAGAAUUCAGCUAAAAGCUAGCAAUAAAAAUAAAGAUAAAAGUUCGACUACAACAAAGUGCCAGUACAACUGAAAAAACAAACUUUGAUAUACAUAUAAUCCUAGUACUCCUUAGUUGACAUCGAUAUACAUACAGAGAUCAGGGUUUUCACACAACAAAAAAGCACAAGCUUUAAAAAUCUAUAUAUGAAUACAAAGCAUUUUAAAAUCACACUAUGUUAAAUUAUUUAUACAUCUUCAGUUUGAGCUCACUCAGGCAUCCGUAACUUGAGCACGCCAUCCAUUAUUCCAUCAAAUUCAGGAGACAAGACAAACAUGUGCCACAGAAAUCCACGUAAAUACAGUAUCCAGCAAAAGGUUUUAAGCAUCCUUAAAUUUUGCACAAAUUCUUUGACUCCCCCAUUAAUCAAGAGUAAAUCUAAUUUGAAAUGCCCAAACGCUUCUAAUCCAGAAAACAAAAUAUUAAUAAUUAAAUUACAAACCUCAUUUUGAAAUAAACAGGGGUUUUUUUUUGUAGGGGUACUGCCCACUACAUGACAACACAAAGAUGUCUGUGGUUUUUCCAUAAUAAAACAAUUAUAAAACUCUUAUUUUAUUUUUUACUGCAAAUCACUUAAAACAAAUUGUAUAUAUUUUUUUAACAUUCUAAAUAUAAAAAGUGUACACAUUACAUUACAUAUAUCCGUUGCCCUCAAAUACACAAAGUGAAAACCUGAAGCAUAGAUGGGUCCAAGAGGUGACCUUAGGUGGCACAGAUCACGCCUGAGAUCUGAUUGGGCAAUCCAGGUGCCAUCCCAUUAUUGUCAACCGUCAUUGGCCAUCUGCCCGAUCAAAGAUGAGACUUGGAUUCAACACUGAUGAGAAACUUGUCAAUUAUAUGUGUGAAGAGGUGCAAUAAGCAUUUUGGUUAUUUGAGUUGGGUGUCAUACCACUUAGCGUGUAUGGAUUUGUAAUUCAUACCACCCCAAUAUUAAUCCGUGCCCAGUGAAAAUAAAUC